AAUUCAUCGAGCAUGGCUUCUUCGUCAAGCUCUGAAUCAUCAAUGAAAACAUGGUUUUAUUUCUGCUAGCUUCUAUCGUCUUCUUCCCCUCUUCGUCCUUCAAAAAAUUGAACACUGUUACCAGGGCCGCCGUUGGGGAACUCUGCUUUCCCUCAACAGGCGUAUUUGGAGAUCACAAUUUGUUCUGUCGGGGCCGCAAUGAUGACCAGAAAGGCGAGAAGGUCAAACUCAUACAGGAAAAUUCUAAUGUAAAGGCGAAUUCAAAAUCAGAGGAAAUGAAGCUUGAAGGCGACGCAGUGAUGAUCUUAGUAGGACUAACUGUAGGCGCUCCUCUUCCUUUGAAGCUACCCGGCAGCUAUCCGGGGUCCAUCGGAUUCAAUUCCGACGGUUCUGUCUAUCUUGAUGGGAUUAAACUUGUGUUUGGAUCGGAAAAAGAAGACUAGGGAAAAUCAGAGAAAGUGAUAGGUUGUGGGUCCAAUCCACGGCAAAAGAAAGUGUUUUUUCCAGUAGAUUCGCAGCUGGUGCAUGUGAUAAAUUGUAAAACAGAGGAAUUUGGAACUCCCCUGAAUUUUACAGUAAUCUUUUAAAAAAUACUUCAAAAGCGUGAGUCUUGUGUACUUUCUCCGUGUCUUUACAGUUUGGCUUUGCAAAUCAAACUUGUAAUCUUUU